AUGGCUCUUCAUAUUCAUGAAGCUUGCAUACUUCUGUUGGUCAUCCUUGGAUUAGUCACUUCUGCUGCCAUCAGUCAUGAAGACUAUCCUGCUGACGAAGGUGACCAGACCUCCAGUAAUGACAAUCUGAUCUUUGAUGACUAUCGAGGGAAAGGGUGUGUGGAUGACAGCGGCUUUGUAUACAAGUUGGGAGAACGAUUUUUCCCAGGGCAUUCCAACUGUCCAUGUGUCUGUGCUCUGGAUGGACCUGUUUGUGAUCAGCCAGAAUGCCCUAAAAUUCACCCAAAGUGUACUAAAGUGGAACACAAUGGAUGCUGUCCUGAGUGCAAAGAAGUGAAAAACUUUUGUGAAUAUCAUGGGAAAAAUUACAAAAUCUUGGAGGAAUUUAAGCCCUCUCCAUGUGAAUGGUGUCGCUGUGAGCCCAGCAAUGAAGUUCACUGUGUUGUAGCAGACUGCGCAGUUCCUGAGUGUGUCAACCCAGUCUAUGAACCAGAACAGUGUUGUCCUGUCUGCAAAAAUGGUCCAAACUGCUUUGCAGGAACUACAAUAAUCCCGGCUGGCAUUGAAGUGAAAGUGGAUGAAUGUAACAUCUGUCACUGUCACAACGGGGACUGGUGGAAGCCUGCUCAGUGUUCAAAACGUGAAUGCCAAGGCAAGCAGACUGUGUAG